AUGGGCAGCGGUUACAUGGCUCCAAAGUAUGCCAUGCUAGGACAGCUGUCAGUUAAAACCGAUGUUUAUAGCUUCGGCGUGCUAGUACUUGAGGUUGUGAGCAGAAGGAAAAACAUGGAUUCCAAUCUUCCCUACGAAAUGCAAAAUCUAUUGCAAUGGGCAUGGGGACUGUACAGAGCAGGAAAAUUGUUAACUAUGGUUGGUUCAACAAUAAAAGAAAGUUGCCCGCAGGAGCGCGUGGAACGAUGCAUUCACGUUGCGCUUUUGUGUGUACAAGCUGAUGCAGGAGUUCGUCCAGCUAUGUCGAAUGUUGUUAUGAUGAUAUCAAGCAAUUCUGUGACAUUGCCAAAUCCAACAAAACCAGCAUUUUUGUUGGCUUCAGAAGCAAGUGCAGGAUUAGCGGUAGAAAGGUAUGAAAACUAUGAAAAUAGCACACCCACAUUUACAGAGUCACAGACAUCUGGAACGACUGAGUCAUCUGAUUCGGGCAUUCCUUCUGUAAAUAAAACCUCUGUUACUGAAUUGCAACCAAGGUGAGCAGUUGUUGGAAUACUGCAUAUUACCAUUGUAGAUUUUACUGCGGGGCUAUUUGAAAGGUAUAUUUGGCACAUCAGAAAUGUGAGUAAUAUUAUUUAUUAAUUCUUUUUGGUAAAGUUUGAGUCCUGCAGAAAUACUAAUUGACAAUGUUUAAACCGCCAUUAUCAAAAUAGUUUGAACUUUAAUUGUGGCUCGAUCGGAGACAGUGGUCCAACUUUGAUAGGUAUUACUAAAAUGUUCCUGUGACUCAUGAUAAUU